AUGGAGGCCGCGGAGGAAAGUCUGCUGGAGACCCAACCCCCGGCCCAAGACAUCCCAAUCACAUCGAAUAUUGACACAGGUGUAGACAAGGUUCUUGUCUCACCAGAAGGCAAGAGGAAGCGGAAAGGGUACUUGCCCACCAAGUCCGUAAAGAUCCUCCGUGACUGGCUAUAUGAACACCGGUUUAAAGUCUACCCUUCUGAGGCAGAGAAGCGAAUGCUGUCGGAGCAGACCAAUUUGUCUUUUCUGCAGAUUUCUAACUGGUUCAUCAAUGCCCGCAGACGCGUUCUCCCGGAAAUGCUUCAACAGGAUGGAAAUGACCCCAACCCGAUCACCGUGUUCCACCAAAAAGGUAAAGCUGCUGAUAUGGGCCACCUGCAAAGCACCCAUCCAUCUGUGCAGGCCAGAGAGGCAGACAUAGUACACUGCCUGUCCCUGAAACCUCUGCCAAUGGGUCUGGAGUCGGAGAAAAAGCUGCGGGAUCCAAAGUUGGCCACCAGCCAGAAGCUUACCCUCAAUGCCCAACCAAAGACAGAAGUCAAGAUUUCCACCAGCAGACUUUUACGUAUGCCUUCUCCGGAGCCUGUGUCACCAGAGCAGUACAAGGAUUUCAGCAGCUUUCAGCUGCUGGUCGAUGCAGCCGUACAAAAGGCUGCCGAACUCGAGUUCCAGAAGAAGAAAGAGCCCAAUCAGUGA